UGUGUGUGUGUGUGUGUGUAUAGUGCAGUCCUCUCUACUUAUCCCAAAACCACAAUAACAGUAACUUUUACCCCCUCUCUGGUUCUUCUUUUUUCCUUUUCAUCUCACCACACACCCACAAACGCGUUCUUUUGACAUUUUGGUGACAAAGGAUCCUCAAUUCACUAACAACUGAUUAUAAUUUUAAAUUUUCUUACGGAAUGCGUCCGAGACAAUCGUCGAAUCUCACGUCGUCGUCUAUGCCCGUUGACGACCUAUAUGGAAACGAAGGCAUGGCGCCUGGCAGGUCAUUGGGGGACCCCCGACUUUUAUUCCAACAACGUGCUACCGGAGCAGCAGCAACAGCUGGGUUGGCACCUCAACUCAUUCAACGCAGAAGAUCGGGCCUCGAUCUUACACCUACGGCUAGUAGCGAUGGCAGCGUCGGUGGUGGUAUUGGUUUCGGUGGCACCACUCCAGCUACCAAUAGUAGUGGUGGUGGUGGUGGUGGGGCCAGCCGUAUGUUUGGUUUGACACGACAACAGAGUGAAGGAGGUGGUACAGCAACCAUAUUUCGUCGACGCGACAACAACGCACGCCGCUUGCAACAUCGACGACCAAUUCCUAUGCAUCGCAGCUUGGCACGAAGCCAGACAGACAUUCGCCUGCCGCGUGAAAACAGCAUACCUCUUACAAGAAGUCGAUCACGUUCGCCUAUCCGUUGGGCGCGUACAUCUACUGUCAAUGGCAUGCCGUUUGAUGCUGCUGCUUCUUACGAUGAUCUGUCGCGUGAAAAUUCCGCGUCUGCUACUAGUGGUGCUGCGAGUAGAGGAGGAGAAUCUGCAUCGUCCGGUUGGCGUCGCCUUUCUUCUUCGCUGGCGCGCAUCUGGGGCCGCUCCGAAUCCGAUAAUAAUAACAACGAACAACAGCAACAGCAACAGCAGCAACAAAAUAUUGAAUGUUUUCAGGAUCGUUUGGAAGGACCAUCGUCUUCAUCAUCCGCGCACCAUCAUCGCCAUCAUUCUCUUGUGACUGCAGCGAUUCCUGCUUCUGCCGUUGCUGCUAUCCCUGCUGAUGGAGCAUCGCAAGUUGUUGAUGAGGAGGAGGAUACAGCAGAAGAAGCAAUGAUACCCACCAACGAUGCGAAUGAUAAUGCUGAUGCGCGACCAAGUGCCGUGGAUCGUGCAGACGAUGAAGACCCCGAUCCACUGUUAUGCCCUAUCUGUCGCGACCUGUUGAACUCUGUCGCAGUCACUGUGUGUGGGCAUACAUUCUGUUAUCCAUGCAUUUCACAGUAUGUGGCCGCAUCCCCGGAUUGUCCAAUUUGUCGUUCGCGACUUACACAACAGCAAAUUUUGCCCAACUAUCAGUUUUCAGACCUAGUCGAAAUGUACCGAGAAGACAAGCGCCGCGGUUCUCAGAGUAUGAUCCGCUCGGUACAAUCAGAACCGAAGCGUAACAAUGCCGCGUUACUUGAAGCUAUUUUGAAAGACCUGCCGUACAAAGAGGCGUUGGCACUUUUGCAACCAGCUGUUGCUCGAAAAAAGCAGGAAGAAGUCGAUCGCAAGGUUACGGAAACUAUAUUGUUGGAAGAAUUUCUGGCGAGACUAAAGGAAAAGCACAAGUGUGUCAUCAGUGAACUAGAAACACAAAUCAAGGUGAUCGAUAAUGAUCUGGUGCGUGCCAAGAGCAAACGUGCCGUUAAUUACAUGAAUGGCGUAGAGGAAGGCCUAUCAUCAUCCAGUCUUUUAUUGGGAGGAACUAGUGAGGAUGCCACCGUCAUUGACACUGUUGAAGGUGAUGCUAGCGGCAACAGUGCUACGACAGCUGACAACGCUGCAGACUCACUGGCUGUUGCUAACUCAUUGCAUCGCGCUGGUCACAAGCGAAAAAUCCAAGAGCUACUUGGGUUUGGUGGCGAUACCGCUUUGAACGAUAGUGUGAGCCAAGCCAAACGUCAACGACUCUAUGAACGAUUUGAAAGCUUACAUGAACUAUACUUGAAAGAAGCUUGUAUCGCUAGUAGUAGCGGCAGCAGCAGCAGCAGCAGCAAUAACAGCGGUAGUGGUACAGACCAUCCAUUUCAUUACGACCUUGACAAACUUUCAUCCUUGCUUUACGAGACAACUCGAUUCAGCUCAUUUCGUGUAUUGGAUACCCUCUUCCAUAAUGACAGCAACACAUCGAGCAUCAUCUCUUCUAUUGAAUUUGACCGCGACGAUGAAUUCUUUGCCAUUGCUGGUGUGUCACGUGAAAUCAAGCUAUUUGAUGCAAGCAUGAUUGCGGACGCGAUCUCGGUGCAAGACUCAAUGAUGGAUAGUGACAACAUCAACGAUCCUUGGCCUCGCGGUAAUCGUGAUACGCGCGGCUCUGGUUUUAUUGGUCAUUUCCAACCGUCUCAGCUCGUGCAUUGUCCCGUCAAGGUGAUCCCAGUCGGUCAAAAGAUCAGCUGUCUGUCAUGGAACACAUAUGUGAAAUCGCAUAUCGCAAGCUCGGACUAUGAAGGCACUGUACGUGUUUGGGACGUGAACGAAGGCCAGGCAAUUCGUACCUUUGAUGAGCACGAAAAACGUGCUUGGAGUGUGGACAUGUGCUCUGCCAACCCGACGUAUCUUGCAUCCGGUGGCGACGACUCCACUGUCAAGAUUUGGUCGACAUCCAUGGCACAUUCAGUCAUGACGUUGCCUUUCAAUGGAAAUGUUUGCUGUGCCAAGUUUGCUCCUAAUGUUGCUAAUUAUUUGGCUGUUGGUACAGCUGAUCACAGCGUUAUUUGCUAUGACCUGCGCAACACGGCGACGCCCAUCCAAUCUUUCAGUGGCCACAGGAAGGCUGUCUCAUAUGUCCGUUGGCUCGACGACAACCAACUUAUUUCCGCAUCUACAGACAAUACCCUUCGUCGGUGGAACAAUACGAAUGGUGAAUGUCAGCUCGUCUAUUCUGGUCACAAAAAUGAGAAGAAUUUUGUUGGUCUGUCUGUGAGCAAGGACUGGAUUUCGUGCGGCAGUGAAGAUAACUCGAUCUAUACCUAUCACAAGGGCUGCAAGACCCCCAUCGCCAAAUUCCGAUUCCCUGCAGCGCCUAUGGCAUUCUAUGACCCACAAUAUACCCAAGAAGAGGACCAGCUGUCUUCCGGAUUCGUCAGCUCGACGUGCUGGAAGAGGGAUACUAACACCUUAUUGGCCGCAAACAGUAAGGGCAUCAUUAAAGUGCUUCAAAUGGUCCCAUAACUAUGAUGAUUCCUCUUUACAACCUUCAACAAAAUAACUGUACGUUAUGUAAAAAAAAAAC